AUGGUCAACGUCAAACACAACUACCAGUGUCACAUCGAGCGCAUAUUUUUCAACCAUCCUAGGAACAGGAGGCACAAUGUCCUGGCCCGCUCCAAACUCAACCAGUUACAACCUGACGGUGACCAGAAUCUCGAGCCCCAUUAUGGUAACAGGUUCUUCCUUGCCAAGUACUUCGUUUCCAACCUCCUCGCUGAGUACUGGAAAUAUAACCAGUACACUCGCUUCUCCCGGAACAUCCGAUCCCUCAACGUCGACUUCCAUCAUCUCAGUCGCUUAUCCUACGUCAACCGUCACUUCCUUGAUUGGGCGUCCAGCGCCCCCUAUCUUCAGCAGCGCGAGUCCUACAGCUCCCUGGAAUGCAACUCUGAUAACGACAUCUACAAGUAA